UAUAUAUAUACAUAUAUAAAGCAGCGCGACUGCACUUUGUGUGUGUGCGUGUGUAUGUGAGAGUUGCUGCUGCUGUCAGAAUAUUCUGUUCGUCCCAAGAACUCGACUCCCCAAUUGGAAACCGAUCGCGCGGCGCGACGAUCUUGCGAGAAGUGAAGAGAGCAGCAACAACAUUAGUAGUAGUAGUAGCAGCAGCAGCAGUCCCCCAGGAGAACCCCUUCAGGAGAGAGCAGCACAAUGUCCACGCCAGCCAGGAGACGUCUCAUGCGCGAUUUCAAACGGUUGCAGGAGGAUCCCCCAACCGGAGUCUCGGGCGCUCCCACCGACAAUAACAUCAUGAUCUGGAAUGCUGUGAUCUUCGGGCCCCAUGACACCCCCUUCGAGGAUGGCACCUUCAAACUGACCAUCGAAUUCACGGAGGAGUACCCCAACAAACCGCCGACGGUGCGUUUCGUCAGUCACAUGUUCCACCCCAACGUAUACGCGGACGGCGGAAUCUGCUUGGAUAUUCUGCAGAACCGAUGGAGCCCUACUUACGACGUCUCCGCGAUCUUAACUUCUAUUCAAUCUCUAUUAAGUGACCCAAACCCGAACUCACCAGCAAACUCAAUGGCUGCUCAGCUUUACAAAGAGAACAGGAGGGAGUACGAGAAGCGAGUGAAGGCUUGUGUGGAGCAGAGCUUCAUCGAUUAGCCAUCUCCAGAGACAGCAGAAACAACAACAGUUUAAUUAUUAUUAUUAAUAUUAAUACCUCUAAAUUAUCGCUGAACGACAAAACAAAAAAAAAUCUCUCCUAUAAGAACCAGACGCCCCCGCCCCCCAUCUCCAUGAAACCUCUUCCUCAAUGAAAUCCUUCCCCCAAAGAUUAAUUGAUCCUCCACAAUCUCAGAAGCCUGGGACAUCCGCUGCAUGCCUCCUGGUAAUAAUUAUUUGUUCUUUUCAAAAAAAGAUUGGAAAAGCAGCCGAAUUGGCUCUAAACAAAACUGAUGAUGAAGAUAUAAACGGUUGGGCAGACUUCACAUAUAUAUAAAUACAUAUAUAUUAUUUUUUAAGGGAUAAAAUUCUGUUAAUCGAUCUUAUAUAUAUUUUUAAUUUUAAUUUAUCGUACGCUAUUAUCGAGACGCUUUAAUCAACAACCACCCUCCCCCCACAACAUACUUUACCAGUCCUCCCACCCUCGUUCAAUUAAAAGAAAAAA